GUCUUACUGCACUGACAAAUGCAAAUUUGGCGACACCAUUUUAUUUGAGUUGCACUAGUACAUUUUAUCUAAUCUUGCACUAUGUACUCAACAAUUUAAAACUUACUUUAAUAUACAGUGCUGACAGGUCAUGUUAGGACUCAGGAUAUGACUAAAACCUUAAAAGUUUUUAAAUGCGAUUGGAAACACUGUUUAAUGAAGCAGUCAAAGACACUCCCUCUGGUGUUGCCGUUGAGUUUUUCGAUGAAGAUCUGAGAAAAGGCAAGUUAACCUAUGAAGAGGUGGCUUCAUUGGCUGAUGAAGUUAGAAAAUUAAUCCAGAGCCAUGUAUUGAGAACUCAAGAUGGUGUAAAAUGUCCCGAAUUCCUUUGGAGCACCACUAAAAAUGCCCACGGUGAUAAAAAGGUUGAAAAUGAUCAAUGUUGCCAGCACUUUAUGUGUAGACAUGUACCCAGUAAUAAAGGUUGCAUUUCCAAACGGGUGAUUGGACUUUACAUUGAACCGUCAUUGUUUCUACCAAGUUUAGUGAUUGGCGUUCUACAAUCUGGAUGCAGUUUUGCUCCGAUUGACCCAAAUGCAAAAUUCAACUCAAAGAAAGAUUUUAUGAAAGCCGCAAGUGUGAGUUGCGUAAUAACUUCAAUUUCCAACGCAAGCAAUGUUAAAAGUAUUCUUGGUGAUUGCAAAAUGAUCCCAUUAUAUUGGAAUCUACAAACAACUGACUUCAUAUUAUGCUUAUCUGAGAUAAACCGUGGUGAUACUUUUAUCCCAACCAAACUGUUGCCACUUGCUUACACUCUCCACACUUCUGGUACAACAGGUAAACCAAAAAUUGUAAAAGUCCCUCACAAGUCCAUUCUUCCUAACAUAGUUCAUUUAAAAAGGAUGUUCCAAGUAGGUAGAAACGAUAAGGUUGCUAUGGUUUCACCUCUUACCUUUGACCCUUGUAUUGUUGAAAUGUUCAUUGCAUUAUCCAGUGGAGCAACGUUAGUCAUACCACAACAUGUACUUAAGCAAAGACCAUCACUUCUUUGUGAGGUUUUUUUCAAGUUAUCUAAAGUUACCAUCAUUCAGCCCACUCCAUGCUUAAUGAACCGAUUCUGUUUAAAUGAUCUUCAGAACUUUGCAUUCGCUUCAAAUUCCUCUGUAAGGUUGGUCGCAUUAGUUGGAGAAGCUUGUCCAAGUUGCAAAACAAUCAGUUCAUGGAUAAAUCCUAUAUUACUUGCAGAAUAUUCUAGAAAUAAAGAAAUUAUAAAGUUUCCUAGAUUUUACAAUAUAUAUGGCAUCACUGAAGUUUCUUCUUGGGCAACACUGCAUGAAAUUCCAGUUGAAAACAUAAUAUCAUGCUUGAACGACCCAAUACCUCUAGGUCUCCCACUCUGUUCAACCAAGUUGGAGAUCAGUAAUGGCAACCAAUCCUGUGUUAUUCAAUCCAAGCAUUCAUUGGAACAUCUGUUAACUAACCAGCACAGUACUGGUUUUGCAUCUGAGGUAAUAUUUAACAUUGGUGAUAAGCAUGAGUUUACUGGAUUGCUUAAAAUUGGGGGCUCUGAAAGGGCUUGUGUUGUUCUUGAUAAUGUGGGUGGUUCACGAACUGAAACACUUAAAAAUCCAAUGCACUCUUCUGGAGAUAUGGUUACUGUUGUUAUUGAUAAAUCAAGAUCAGUUGCAGAUAUAGGAAAGCAAACGUUUACUGUCACUGGCGAUGUCAAACUGUUUUAUUUAGGAAGGAAAGAUGGACAGAUCAAAAGAAAUGGCAAAAGAAUGAAUAUUCUGACUGUGAAACAGAAACUUGAAAGCUUUAAACUCUGUUCGGUUGCCCAUGUUUUGAAUGUAUCACCUGAGAUGAUGGUCGAACUUAGGAUUGAAAAGAAGCAAUUUGUUUUCCAAAGUGCUCGGCUUAUUGCAUUUGUUGUUCUUGCAAAUACAUCAGAAGAGAUGAGAGAGAACUUCAGAAAGAGGGUGAAAGAUGUUUUGGAUGCUCAUCUUGUUCCUGAUGAUGUCAAGUUUGUUGAUGAUUUGCCAUUGACAACGCAUGGAAAGGUGAAUGACAAGGAUUUAAUUCAAAGAUAUUUAGAAAGUAUUACUAAGGCAAGAAAAUCUGAUAUUUUGACGAUGGAUUGUAUAAGAAAUAUUUUAAAGAAAAGCUUGUGCAAAAUUUUUAACAAGACUUUUAAUGAAAUAGAUUUUUUUCAAUCCAGUGAUAAUUUAUUUACCUCAAACUUUAUUACUUUGGGCGGCGAUUCGUUUGGUGCAGUAAAGUUGAUCUCUAUGUUGGAGGCUUGUAUGACACCACCUAACCAUGGACAGUUGCUGCAAGUUAUACUAAACAAUACAUUAGAAGAUGUGGUGACAUACCUGCAUAAAACAUUGCUUCAAAAUCAAAGUAAAAACCCCACCAACAUCAAGCAAAUUUAUGAUAAUGAUUUCAAAUCUGUAAUACCUUUAAAGCGUAAAGCAGAUGUCAAUACUGUGUCAUUAAAAGUUCCAAAGCCUGUAACAAGAGAUGUCUCAAUGCCAUUGAAAGUUGUGUCAGUGGCACGGGGUGGGAGAGUUUAUCGUCAUUCUGCUGAUAUGGAAUUACACAGUGUUGGGAAAUCAGAGCCCUUCACUUGUACAACAGAGUUAACAUUAGAGGAGGUAUGGAAACAUAACACACGUAAAUGUGUGGAUGCUUCACCGUUGGUGAUUGUUUCGGAUGAAAAUGGAUUACCAAGCUCUGUUAUUAUAGGAUCUCAUUCUCACUACUUGGUGUGUUUGAAUCUGAUGAAAGGUAAUGUUGAGUGGGAGACAAAACUGGGGGGAAGAAUUGAAUCUUCUGCUUGUUUGACCCCUGAUGGUCAUUAUGUUGUUGUUGGUUGUUACGAUGGGAAUGUUUAUGCUCUUCAUGUUAAACAUGGAUUGGUAUAUUGGAAAUUCUUCACUGGGUCUGAGGUAAAGAGUUCUCCAUGUCCUGGAAUAAAUGGUUCUGUUAUCUACAUUGGAUCGCACAGUGGUUCUAUCCAUUGUCUGGAUAUUAAGCAUAAACAUUGCUUAUGGGAAGAACAUUGCGGGGGUGGAGCUAUUUUCUCAUCACCGUGCUUAAAUAAAUAUGACAAGGUUCAUGAUCCAAGUAUAAUUGUAUGCAGUUUGGCUGGAAGAGUUUUAUCACUGUAUGCUGAGAACGGCAGAAGAAGUUGGUGUCUGAACCUUGGAAAGCCAAUCUUCUCAUCACCUUCCGUUUCCGAAUCUGGAAUUUUUGUUGCUUGUGUGGAUUGCUGUCUCUAUAAACUAGAUCAUAUAAGUGGAGAUGUGACAUGGUCAUACCAAACAAUGGAACCAAUUUUCUCGUCUCCCACUGUUGCUUCAACUCCUUCAAACAAUGUUGUAUUCAUUGGCUCACAUGAUGGUAACCUAUAUUGCAUUAAUGCUGAUACUGGAUCGAAAUUAUGGGAAUUCCCCUCAUCAGAGAACAGCAGUGUACACCCAAUCUAUGCAACUCCAUUUCCAAUUUGUUCUAAUAAUAUGGUUAAGUAUAUUUCUUCUGUUUCCACCAAUGGAUUGCUCUCGUUACUCGACGUAAAAUCCGGUCGUGUGGUGGCGCAAAAGAGCCUUUCUGGUGACGUCUUCUCUUCCCCAAUCUUCAUUGGUCGAGAGAUAUCACGUGACGGUGUGAAUGAACCAUCCAAAAUUAACGUUAUUGGUCAUGUAGUUGUCGGGUGUCGUAACAACAAUGUUUAUUCGUUUGCACUUACAAAUAAAUCGAACGUAACUUAGCCUAGGUGCAAAAAACAGCCGCCCUUUUUAAUUGACACUUUUUCCACCCUUUUUAUCCAUAUCGUGUUUUAACGACUGUUGUUUUGCCGUUGAUUCUUUUCUCUUCGUUUUUUUAAAUAACAUUAUCUUUGCCAUUGUUUACGAAGUGACAAAUAAAAAUUACGUUUUGAUUAG